AUGGGCAGUGGCUUGAUCAAUGGAGUCCUGUUCUUGGACUUGAAAAAAGCUUUUGACACUGUCGACCAUGAAAUCUUAUUAAAGAAACUUCACCUAUACGGCAUAAAAGGAACUACUUACGCAUGGUUUGAAUCUUACAUCCAAAAUAGAAAAUCGAUUUGUUUAAUGAAUAAGAAAAUCACAUGCUAG